UAAUCAAAGGAUUUUAGCUUGAACUCGCACUAGAGGCAAAGUUUUUUGGUAAAAUUAAAGGAUUUUAUUAGCCUGGACUCGAACCAGGGGCAAAGUGUGUCGGUAAGAGGCAAAAAUGACGGUCUCCUCUUUAGACAGGCAUUUGGCGAUCAUACAAUUUAUUUGAUCAAUGUCAUUAUUGACAUUAUAAACUGCACUAAUCUGAGCCGAUGCCAAAGGUUUUCGUCGACGUGUUUGUACAUGGUAAACUUUACGCGGCAUCCAGUUUAUUAUAUCGGCAUCAAGAAGGUUUAGAUCAUGAAAGAGAUGUUGGCAAAUCAAACCCCCAUGGGAUACAGUAAUUCUUUUGUCAACAACAACAGUAAAGAUGCAGGCACCAGUAGCAUUGCAAAUGAUAAUAAUUCAAGGAGAUAUGCCAUGCUCAGUACCGAAUGGAUCUCCACCAUCGGUGAGGAAUUGGGGAUGCAUCCAUUACCAGAUCCCCUGAUAAAGAGAUUAGCUGAAGAUGCUUCCUAUCGCUUGAGAGAAGUUCUACAUAAAUGUGUUACAAGACUGAGACACAGUAAAAGAAAACGUUUAACAUCUAUGGAUGUGAAUGCGGUGAUCACCAACUUGUGUGACGCAGACCCUAUUCUCGGUGCACCAGAAUCCAUGCCAGAAUAUCACGCAGAAGCCAAGGUGUAUGUGCCUAAUGAAUCCAUCAUUAAUCUUACUCAUCAAAUAAAUGAUCCAUUGAAUCUAUCCCAAUCUAAUGUGCCACUUCUGCAAGAUAAUGAAAUAUGUGACAAAAAGCUAUCAGAAGCACGUUUCAAUUAUGCCAAACGUGCACUGAAAACUUUGUUCAAUGGCUCACAGAAAACUUUUCAGGUUUUGCUGAAUGAUUGUGCUACCAAUGUGCAUUUAGGUGACGAGGGAGUCAUAGAUAAAUUGAUGUCUAUUGCUAGGUUUACGUUGAUUUCAAAUAAUGCACAGUAUACGCGCGUUUCUAUACGUGCAUGUGAGCUCAUAAUUGCUAUCGCCAGUAACAGCGAAGCUGUCUACCCUUAUCAUUUACUAUCGGUGGAUAAAAUGACCGAUUUAUUAUUGGAUUUGCUGCUAAGUCAGAGUUUCAUACAUCCGAAUUUGGAAGUGCUCUUUAAAGAAUGCGCGCUUAAACUGAUGCUUCGCUGGCCAUCGAUCGCCGAUAAAUAUAUACCGACGUUGCAAAAUGUUCUUUUAAAGAACGAAAUAGAAACUGUGGAUUAUUAUAAAAAGAGGAUAAUGACGGUGGAAUUGUUAGUGAGCCUCCAGCCUCUUAUAUUUUUCCAACACGAGACUAAACACAUUCUUUCCAUAGAGAAUAUUUUGUUCUAUUAUGCUUCGUCUGGCUCGAUUAUUUGGCAGCAAAUAGCUCUGGCUGUUUGCGCUCUUGUGAGAUCUCAGGGUCAUUUUUUGGAACUUGCCCCUUUGCUCGAGCAUUAUGGAGAUUCGUUAUUACCUUAUUUACCAGCUAAUGCUGACAAUGAUACAAAAGAGAAAAGACACAAGAAGACUGGCACACUACCCAUCAUUAUCAAAGGCAAGAUGAAAUAUGUUAAAAUCAGACCAUUGACAGACAAAGAACUUAAGAACAGGACACUGUGGGAUCGACAAACCGCGUUUCCACAUUCCACCUUGAGAGGACCAAGACGAGAGAUAAGAUUUGCUUUUGCUGGUGGUCGUCCAGUUCCUCACAGCAAUUUGAGACGUGUCAGUCUGAGAGCUAAUUAUCAAAUUCUGAGGAGUGAUCUUCAAGCCACCCACGCUCUAAUCGCAUCGCGCAGACUGCUCGUAGUUAAAGAUAGGAAGAAAAGUCCAUAUAAUUUUUAUAAUUUGGCACAGGUUUGUUUAUAAAUUAUAAUAUA